AUGCCUGUGGAGACCCACAGCUCCCUGAUGGACAACGUGAAAACCCUCGAUUUCUUCCGCAGGCUGGAUUUCCAUCCAAGUCUCUUCCCAGCAGCACCAGCCAACCAUCUGUUCAGAGAUCUGCCACCUGCCAAUUAUGCCGGUUUUCUCUCUCGAUUUUGCCAGGGUCUGAAGUCUUCUGUUCGUCUCCUCAGCAACACCAGCCUACCCACCCUUUCGCUCCCCGCACCCCCUGGCUAUCUUUGGCCUAAGGAAGAGGGCGAGACCCCCUUGGACCUGAGCAGAAAUAAACAACAACAACAGCAGCAGCAGCAACAGCAAGUUUCCUCCCAUCAUUUCGCUCCUUCAAGCCUCCUCAGCUCCUCGCCACUCGAUUGGUCAAUCCUCCAA